AAAAGCUAACGGAUUCGAAUACUUUUUUUGUUCGAAGCCAUUUUGUCAAGGAUACGAGGCGUGCGCUGAGGUUGUUUUUGUCCUUUUUAUUUGAGCUACUUUGUUAAAUAAUACUCGUAUAAAUAGGCACGGCAUUACAUCGUCGAGAUAUUUCAUCUCCACAAAGUUAUCGUCCUAAUAUCGCAUGUCCUCUAUUCAGAACCUCCAAUCUUUUGAUCCCUUUGCUGAUGCAACCAAGGGUGACGAUUUACUCCCGGCGGGGACAGAAGAUAAAAUCCACAUAAGGAUACAGCAACGAAACGGACGCAAGACCCUAACCACUGUUCAAGGGAUCGCGGCCGAUUACGACAAGAAGAAGCUUGUGAAGGCCUUCAAGAAGAAAUUUGCCUGCAAUGGUACUGUGAUUGAACACCCUGAGUACGGUGAGGUCAUCCAGCUGCAGGGAGACCAGAGAAAAAACAUCUGCCAGUUCCUCAUGGAGAUCGGCAUUGUCAGGGAGGAGCAGUUGAAGGUCCACGGAUUUUAAAGUAAUGCUGUUGCUUCAAGACCAGGACCUCAUCAGCUUUUAGACUUUUCUGUUAUGUAUUGACCAAUAAAGUUCAGCCGCAUGUCUGAUGUAAAACUCUGAGGCAAUAAAAACACAAUGUCACAUUUUUUAAAGCGCAUAACACAAUCUCGCCUCUUAUUCACACCUUAUCCUCCAUCUCUGAUCUGAUUAUAGAAACAUGUACAAUUGUUGAAAAUGUAAAUGAACUCCCAAUGUCCUGUAUGUAUGCAACAUUACCUUCAGCACACCCAAGCAUGCAGUGUUUGCCCAUUGUGCCCUGUAACAGAUGGGUAUUGGGUCUGACAGGAGUCCAGUGUUGGACUGUAACCUGGCUGAUGUUUUUCUUAACAUCACUGCCCAGUGAAACAUCUGCAUGUAAAAUGGUGCUGUCAGGAAGCGGUCUUAUCAGAGGUACAAAAUUCCACUGAGCCACUUCCUGUCAUCUAUGCAAUAUCCUAGAUUAUCAGACCUUCUGCACAGCUGUAGAGUAAUGGAUGGAUACUCUUGGUCAUGUUAUUAGUCAGAGCUUGAUGUGUUGUCUGCUUUUUCUGGAUACCCUGGUUAAACCAGAUUAAACACUGCAGCGUUAACCAGCCUAUAUUGGGGAGUCUGCAGCAGAACAGAAGGGCCCUAGCUGCACUGUUAAUUUCUACAAAUCCCACACGGAGCUAGAGCCACAGGGUAAUCAGAUUCUGUGUUCGGUGUACGAACAAGCAAAGGAAAAGUGAGUGACUCAAUCGAUGCCUCCCUGAUGUCUCUUCCAUGGACAAACCUAACAAGUGCAUUGCGUUCAUAUUUGGCCAAAAAAUGUAAUCCGUUUAAACUGUAUGAUAUGAGGGAGAUGAUUGUGUUUUUUUGCCUCAAAGAAAAUACGUAUCUAAACUAUCACUCUCCCAAGAUGGAGAACUAUGCACAGGUGAUCAUCUGAAUAGGGACCAAGUUGUAUCGAUUUGGUGAUGGGAAGUUAGUGGUAGUGAUUGGCGUUUCAGGUCUUUUCAGUGAGCCUGCUUAUUUGGCUCUGUUCAUCUAAAAGAGCAUUUCAAUUGGCUCCCAAAUGGCUCUUUGUUCAGUAGCGCUUAAAACUAACUCAAACUGAUAAAAUGGCUAAUCUACAAAGUUGCAUAAUGUGUGUGGACCUGAAAAUGUCUCCUCACUGUUGCUCCUGCAGUGAGGAAUUACAAUCUUCAGAGGAUGUUUAUAUAAUUUAUCUGCAGAUAAUUGUCUGUAACUCUAAAAGCAGUAGCAACAGUAUGCCAAAUGAAUGGCUUUUUCACAAAUGUGAUUCACCAAAAAGCCGGUCGUUUACGAACGACCCAUCACUUGUUACUUGGUAGUUGUUCAAGACAAAUCACUAGCAUACUUUGAUACUAUUGGAAUUGGUCAUAGCUUGGAACCAAACUGAAAUGUUAUGUUUGCCUUUUGUUUUACUUCACAACAGAAUGUGAGCAGUUUAUUUUGGGUUAUCAGGCUACCUUUUUUUUUUGGGGGUUUGAUGUCUGACGUUCAGGAUUACAGGAUAAAAUCCCAGGGCAUUUGAUCACCUUUCUCAUCUUAAUCUCUAGUGCCUAAUCUCAAUUCUGUCAGUGAAAUCACAUUAUGAAGUUAGUUAGCUUGAUGCCAAAGACUCCGGUGAGCUAUAGCCAGGCUAUGCUGCAUGCAAUUUAUGGAGAAAGUAUGGUCACGUGUAAUUACCGAUUGAACGGUCUAUCAAUUAUGCCCUCUUUUUCUUGUCAAACUAUAAAUGUAACAUCUUGGCAACCUAUUCCCUAUUAGAGAAUAGGGCUGUUAGAAUGUGUCAUUUUGUUACUACAGACUACAAUUCAAUAUAAUGUGUUUUAUUAUAGUCUAAUUAUGGAUCUCAGAGAUUUGUUGCUAAAUGUUUUUUGUUGUAAAAAUGCAGUAAGUGCAGUUUGUUUUAUGUAUAUUUGAUAUGGAAAACCAUGCCCUAUAUAUGUAACAAAUCCUUCCUUCCUUGCAUGACAAAAUACUUUGUAUUUCCCUUUUAUUCAUUUAAUUUAUAUCAAUGACCCUGAACAGUUUUUAAUAGCAUGUUCUCUAUAUUAACCUUAAUACUAUAAUACAAUCAGGUUACAAUCUAUGUUUGAGUUGCAUUAGCCCUAUUUCCUCUCAUAUCUACAAUUGACCGUGUGACUUGUUAUGAGCAUACUGUAUAUGACCCAAUGAUAAUAUCUUCUAAUGACAAAUGUAAUUGCACAAUACAUUGUUUGAAUUUGC